UGAUUAAUAUCAUUCAGGUCAGUGCCAACCUCUUACGGAUAGUGACAGAUGUUAAAAUCAAAACUCUCUAACACAAUCAGUAUUCACCUGGACCAAGUAAUUUGAUAAUUUACUGAUCCUUGCAGGGAUUGUCCCUUCAGUGGCCCCACUCUACAGCAGGCUAGAGGUCAGGAGGACAGCUGCCAUUACGCUGCCCUAAUAUCCAACUAAUGUUAUGUAAUCUAACAGCGACUAUGUCCAGUGUUCACAUCUAUAUUGUACUCUGUAUGUGAGUGAUUGUUUUUCUAUUGGUAAGGGACAUCAAAACAGUCAGCUGUGAGACAAAGCAGCACCAUACACAUACACAGAGAGAGAGAGAGAAAGAUAGAGAGUGUGUGUGUGUGUGUGUGAGAGAGAGAGAGAGAGAGAGAGAGCAAGAGAGAGAAACAAAGAGAUUUUCCAGCAAAAAAUGCUUUGAAGCCACAGAAAAUUCCAGGAGUUUCCUGUUAACAAGCGUUGGAUAUAAUGUGAACCAGCAGAGUGUGUGUGUGUGUGUGUGUGUGUCUGUGUGUGUGUGGAGGAGGUCUUCCCAGUCUCUCUUUCUCUCUGCUGGUGAGAGGAGUUAACAUCACUGCAGUCUGUUGUCCUUUUACCUUUGAGAGUCAUGUCAAAUUUGAUCCACCUGCAUUUUUAAGGAUUUAAAAUGCUUCAACUUUUUAUGAAGUUUUAAAUGUCGAUUUAAAGUAUGGAGGUUUGGACUUGGAGACUUGGAUUUUCGUAACCGGCAAUCAAGAGAUUUUUAACUCACUUUAAAUCACAGCUGGUGAAUCCAUCUUGUACAUUUUCAGAUGCAACGCUGUUCUCAAGACUCAAACAGUGGAGCAGUGCUGAACACAGCGCUACACAAAUCUGCCUGAGGAAGAUCUGUGUGCUGCUAACUAGUUCCAGCUGAUUGACAAAACAAUCACUCCACCAUGUCAGUAAGGAUGUUUCAUUUUUGUAACUCACAUUGCUUUCUACUGUUGUUUGCCAUUCUGUGGAGCCUCAGCUACCCGAGUUUGCUUACUGCCUGGUCGGGCAUCAGUCGUAGCAAGCCCAAGGAUCAGCUGGACCCUAAUGUGAGGGACUGGGGAGACUAUUCAGACCUCCCUCCAGGAAUUGAGCAGGGGCUGGGGUUGGACGAAGAUAGAGAACAUGGAGACAACAGACGAGCUGGAGAGCCUUCAUCAAGCAUGGUUCCGGAGCUGGAUUUCAUGGCUGACUUUGCAGGUAAAAAGCGAUUGUGGGUGAUAACAGCACCAUCAUACAAUGACCACUACCUUCAAAUGAUGGAGAAACAACUGGAAGAAAUGGAGCAGAAAGGGUUGAACUGCCGUCUAGCAGAAAGAGACACAUUCAUCAUCACCAUCAUCCAGAAUGCCAUGAUGGAAGGUCGAAUCCAGAAAACAACUUUACAAGGAGAAGCUACAGUGGAGAGCCUGGACCCUGACACGGUCACCAAAUUGCUGCACUACUUGGACCUCACCAACCAGGAGCAAGGGUUCAUAAUGCUCGUUCUGAAGAAGAACCUUCAAGUCAGCGAGCGCUUCCCUUAUCCAGUCCGUGUUGAGGCCAUUUUGGAGCUCAUUGAUCAGUUCCCCAUGAGGAAACUGGAGAAGAUGACCAGAAAAGGAUCCAACAUGAGGUGCAAAACCACUAAAAAGAAGGUGAUGGUGACAAGGAAGAAGGUGAAGAAGAAGAUGGUGCUAAGCCCUCAGAGGCUAGGGAAUAUGACUUCUGUUGUAGCAGUACAAAGAAAACCUCCCCUGGACAAAAAAGCUGCUCUGAAGAGUAAGAUCCAGGAUAUACUGAAUGGACGCUCGAGGUUUGUUAUCCGUAAGGUUCCUGCAAAGGGGUCCACAAGGGGAAAGGUCUCAAGCAGUGGUGGUCUGGACACUUCUAAUGGAUGGGAUAAAGUGCACAGUCCCCUAUCCGUGUCCAAGAGCAAUGAAGAAAUUAAGAAAGACAGGACGGACUCCACUUUGGAAGAAGGUCAGAAAAGACAUGGAGGGAAAAACAGUGAAGAUAAACAAGACAAUGUGAAGGAGGAUACACAGAAAAAAAAGAGCUCUAAGAAAAAGGGCAAAGGGAAAAAAGGGAAGAAAGGGAAAGGAAGAGGGAAGAAGUCCAACAUGGAGGCCAGUGAGAAGGAUAAAGCAGCCCUGAAGGAGUUUCUGGACAGCUUAAAGGGUACAAGACGAUUAAUGGUGAUCUCAACGCCCAGUAGAGAUGCAACUCUUUACAUCCAACAGCAAGAGGAGAAUGAGAAGCAACACUGCGACCUCGCCAUCAGGAAGAUUACAGUGGUGACCAUUGUCGGUGAAGGAAGUGAUGUCACACUCACACUGCAACACCACAAUCUUGCAUCAGAGCCUCCACUCAGCGACCAAUCAAAACAGUUUUCAGAUUCAGGCCUGAUCUCCCUGUUGAGAGCAGAGCUCGGCCUGUCGUCCUCUGACCUCUUUUCAAUGACCGUCUCAGACUAUGACAUCAAGCCCAAUAGAGUCUUUGAGGCUCCCCCAUCAAGUCAUGCUCUGUUGGAGUACAUUGACAACUUUCCCUCAAGGCGAUCAGAAAAAGAGAAGGAAAGGAAGAAUCCUCCAGUCUGCUCCAACAACAAUCAACAGCCUGGGACUGAGAAUUCACUGCUCAGGUUCAUGUCUAAGAGGAGACUGCUGCUCAUCUCUGCUCCCUCUGAGGAUGACUACUCCUUUCAACAACAGCUUUCUGCUCUCAGUGGACAGGAGUGUCACCUGGGUAUUCGCCACUUUGCCAUGUUGAAGCUGACAGGAGCAGGAGACAAAGCAUCAGGAACUGUUGAGUUAUUUCCACUAAAUGGUCGUAGUCAGAGUGAGAUUGAGCCGUUAUCUCGUGACACGGUCAACAAUCUGAGAGAACAGCUAAAGAUCAGUAAGGAUUAUUUCAGCAUGCUGGUUGUGGGGAAGGACGCCGAUGUGAAGACGUGGUUCCCAUCACCGAUGUGGUCCCUGGAUAACAUCUAUGACCUGGUGGACUCCAUGGAGCUCCGUAUUCAGGAGGAGAAGCUGCAGAAGAGACUGGGGAUCCACUGCCCUGAGGACAGAGGAAGAGUGGGCGGUGAGGGAGGGCAUUAUCGCAGCUUUGAUGAAGAUGGGGUGGAGGACACAUACUUGUAUCACCGGUCAGAGAAAUGAUGAGAAAUAAGGACGGAGAAGAUGCAGCACAGUGAAGAAGAGAUACCUAAAUUCGUGAGAUAAACUUGAGGAAAUACGUAAACACAUGGAUUACACACAAAUAAACUAAUAAAAAAGACCUCAUAAACUCACCUUCAGGACUCACAGGACUGAAUUAAAAAAUUCUAAAUAUAUGAUCAUAAUACAUGCAAAUAUUGGAAUUGUUUCAUUCAAAUGAAAGCACAUGGGCACCCUCCAACUGUUACUUUAAAGUUAUUACUGUUGUUACUGGCUGAUUACAACAUUGGUGAAACAGGAAGAAAGUCCACCAAAGGCUGACACUUGAAAAGGAGCUCUCAAGUCUUAUACAGAUAGAAAGUUCCUCUUCUGAAAUGUUUUGAUGCUUACAUUGAAAAGUGUAUGUAAAGGAAACAAAUGUUGUUGUUGUUAACUUUUUUUUUUUUUUUUUAUUAUGAAGCUUCAGUCUUUAGACAGAUAAGAAUUUCUUAUGUGGGCUUGUUGCAUGUCUCGGAACAGCUCUCUAAAACAACAACAUGAUUUCACUUAAAAACAGUCUGUUUUAUUUUUAAACAACAAAAAACGCAUACCUUGUUUUGAUAGAUAUAAAAUAAACAGAUUUUAGAAAAUAAUUGAGGUAUUUUAGGUUUCUCUCAACAACUUGAUUUUUUAAUUAAUCGGGCAUCAAACUGCCACAAAAGCUUGACUCAAGUUCUUAUACUGAGUGAAAAUGACUUUUGACUAGUUUUUAGUCGUGUCACAUUUUAUUGAAAAAAAUCUAUUUACUAUAAUGCUGUGUUUAACAUGGUUGCUAAGAGACAAGACGGUUUGUCUGUUGAUCUGCCACUGGGUGAGUGAGCAUCAGUACAGAGCUGAGUACAGACGGGAAACUGCAGGGAGUUUGCCAGGGAAUAGGCAAAUCCACGAGAUGAAAACACGCAGAUAACAGACCGCCUGCCAGACUCACACUCACACAAAACGCACAUACUACUGAGAGAGGAAGUAGUCAACAGUCAGUUUAUGCCACCAACAGAGCUGGAGUAUCAUCCCUGCCCCCAUACAAACAGGCAGGCUCACGCGUUUCAAUGCUUUGUCAAACUCUCAUUCACUAUCCCUCAGUACCUUUCUCUUUUCGACAGCAACAGAAACUCACACAGACACACUGAGCAAACACACACUCCUCCGCUUUGCACGCCAACCAUUUGGACAUAGCAGAGGCGCCCGGGAGUGUUGUUCUCAAUAUGG